AUGUCACGAACUCCGGCACAAACUACUCCACAAAUGCAACCACCACAACUUACUCCGGAUGAAACACGUGUUUUAGCUGAAUGCGAACGAGAGUCAUUGAUAUAUCGAAGUAUUCCAUUGGGUUUGAUCACAUUUUUCGCAACACAAUAUGCAAUGCAACGAAAUAUCAUCACAGCAAAAGCAAAAUGGGUUAAACUUGGUGCAAGUUUAUUCACCGGUUAUCUAAUUGGAAAAAUCUCCUAUGCUCCAACAUGUCGCAAGAAAAUCCUGACACAAAUACCUGAGAGUCACCUCGCUCAUGCACUUCUUACGGGUGAUGCUCGAGAACUAAUCGCCCCUCAACAACACGAUUCUCAAUCAUCAUCAACAAGAGAUCCAAACGAAGCAGUCGUUUUUGUUCCUAAUUCAGCUGAACCAGAUACGCAUACUGUACCAGUCGGUGUAAAUCAAUACGGUGAUCCAAUAUACGAUACAACAAAAUGA